AUGACUAGUACUUCCAGUACUCUCACAACCCAAGGUCCUGCAUACGUAAUUAUAGAUCACUCCAAUGUUUAUUUUCAAGGGAAAAACAUCGAAAAUUCCCCAAUUAAAGUAGAUUCUGAUCUUAAUUACGCUAAACUACGUAAUAUAAUUCUAGAUGGGCGUGAACUGAGAAUUCCAUUAUUGUUGGAUCUUCUUCUCGAAAAGAAUAAUUUUCUUGUAAAAUGGUUCGCAAAAAAUCAUGGCAAGGAGAAAUAUGUUGAUACCGAAAUUGCAUGUCUUAUUAGUAAUAUCAUUUCAAAGGCCCCCAUUAAUAAUGCCAUUAUCUUGAUUUCGGGUGAUGGUGAUUUUGUACCCCCAUUACGGAGGGCCGAGGGACGUGAAGUGGAAAUAUGGGCUUGGGAGAAUGGAAUGAGUCAACAACUUAAAUCUUUAGCAACGAAAUCUGGUUUUCUGACAUUUGAAAAUGUCACUGGAGCUGAUAACAGAAGUAUUCAACCCACUUUUACUCAUGGGGCGCUUUUACCACAGGAAAUGCUUGGUGGUAUUCUAAGUACUUACGAACCGAAGGAAAAUGAUACAUUCUCAGAUUGUUCAGUAUAUUAUCCAGAAAUUUUAUAUUGCACAGCUGGGCUUCACCAAUAUGCGAUUCAACAAAGGUAA